AUGGCAAAUCCUACAAAGAGAAACGAGCAGGGAAAUGGCACCGUCGCAAAUGCCCACCAAAAAAAACAGACCAAGACGAGGAACCCUGCUGAGAUCAGCUAUACACGCACAAGCCAACUACAAAACUGUGUAGGUACCGGAGCCGUAGGGACGCCAACUCUGAGAAAAGCAAGCUCCCCCUCAGGCGCAGCCCUGGGACAACAUCGAGGAGCGCAUGGCAAGCCCUGCAAAGGAACCCCCACGAAGGUUAUACUACAGAGUACCAGCCCAUGCAAGCACGGCACCUCAGAAAUGGUACUCGGCUGGAAAGCUUCCCAUACCUUCACUCCCAACGCACCUGGCAAAUUUCCAGAGUCGGCAUCGGAUGAGCAGCGACAACGGGCUGAUGGCACCCGGCACUACCGAGAACGGCCCCCACACCACGCCAGACUAAAGAUUGCACAGACUUUACAAGCACACUAA